CAUGCAUUCUUAAAUGUGAGCAUAAUGGAAUGGAAAUAUUUCCCAAAGAUUCUGGAGCCUCAUUCAGAACUGCAUCUAAACUGCAUCUAACAGAUCUCUGGUAGAAAAAAAAAAAACCUAAGCAGUAGGAGCCAUUUUUGUCGUUUUCCUGUCGGUCUUCGUCUCAUUCCCCUGUGCUGUGCUGUGUAGCGUGAGCUGAAGUUACAUCGGUGUUUGGAACACCAAGCUGUAGUUACCGUUAGGCUGUAGUUACCUCGUGGCUCUUAUCCAAACACUCCAUGGGAAAUCACUUCGCGCGCGGGACCCGCAGGCUGAGCAGUUGCAUCCUAUCCAGCGCGAGCCUGGUACGAGUUGGCGACAGCUACCGGCUACCGGGAUCUUCCUUCUUAUAGACAGAAAGACACAAAAGAAAACAAUCACAUUAUACCAACGCGGAUCUGUCUGCUUCUUCGCACUGGGUCAGACUUAGCCAUCCCUUGUCUUCUUAGAAACCCCACGCCAACCGAGGGGUGAUCAUCGCGUGAGCCAGUCAGCUAACUGUGUACCAUUGGCUGUUGUGACGCCAUGACAGGCGAGAAGACAGCCCCAGUGAUCAAUGGGAAACCGGAGGAUGUCAUAGACCAGGAGUCUGCCAAGGCCAAGACGACGGUCAACGAGAGGGGUCACUGGAACAACAAGCUGGAGUUUGUACUGUCGGUGGCUGGAGAGAUCAUAGGUCUGGGAAACGUUUGGCGCUUCCCAUACCUGUGUUACAAAAACGGAGGAGGUGCGUUUUUUGUUCCAUACGUCAUUUUCUUUGUGUGCUGUGGCAUUCCCGUCUUCUUCCUGGAGACAGCUCUGGGACAGUUCACCAGUGAAGGAGGCAUCACCUGCUGGAGAAAAUGCUGCCCGCUCUUUGAGGGUAUUGGAUAUGCGACCCAGGUGAUUGUGGCCCAUCUGAAUGUGUACUACGUUGUCAUCCUGGCCUGGGCCAUCUUUUACCUGUUCAACUGCUUCACAACGGAACUCCCAUGGGCAUCAUGUGGACACUACUGGAACACAGAGAACUGUGUGGAUUUCCAGAGGAACGGCACCAACUUCACCAACCCUGAUGCGACGUCGCCGGUCAUAGAGUUCUGGGAGCGCCGUGUGCUGGGAAUCUCCAGCGGGAUAGAACACAUCGGGAAGCUUCGCUGGGAACUGGCAAUGUGUCUGGCUCUGGCGUGGAUCGUCUGCUACUUCUGCAUAUGGAAAGGACCCAAAUCCACCGGAAAGGUGGUCUAUGUGACAGCUACCUUCCCCUAUUUUAUGCUGCUGAUCUUGCUGAUCCGAGGGGUGACUCUUCCAGGAGCGUGGGAAGGGAUCAAGUUCUACCUGUACCCGGAUGUCUCCCGCCUCUCUGACCCACAGGUGUGGGUGGAUGCUGGGACUCAGAUCUUCUUCUCCUACGCCAUCUGUCUGGGCUGCUUGACUGCUCUAGGAAGCUACAACAGCUACAACAACAACUGCUACAGGGACUGCAUCAUGCUGUGCUGUCUGAACAGCGGUACCAGCUUUGUGGCUGGCUUCGCCAUCUUCUCUGUGCUGGGAUUCAUGGCCCUGGAGCAAGGCGUUCCUAUCGAGGCCGUGGCAGAGUCUGGCCCAGGCCUAGCCUUCAUAGCCUAUCCUAAAGCUGUGACCAUGAUGCCUCUGUCUCCUCUGUGGGCGUGUCUCUUUUUCAUGAUGCUCAUCUUCUUGGGCCUGGACAGUCAGUUUGUGUGUGUAGAGAGUCUGGUGACGGCUGUAAUUGACAUGUACCCAGAGACCUUCAGGAGAGGCUACCGUCGAGAGAUGCUGAUCCUGGGUUUGUCGAUAUGUUCCUUCCUCCUCGGCCUUGUCAUGCUGACUGAGGGGGGGAUGUACGUGUUCCAGCUGUUUGACUCGUACGCUGCCAGUGGCAUGUGUUUGCUGUUCGUGGCCAUCUUCGAGUCGAUCUGUAUCGGCUGGGUGUACGGUAGUGACAGGUUCUAUAUGAACAUUGAGGAUAUGAUUGGAUAUCGGCCGGCCGUCUUCAUCAAAUGGUGCUGGAUGCUGCUCACGCCCGGCAUCUGUGCUGGUAUCUUCCUGUUUUUCCUGAUCAAGUACAAGCCUCUGAAGUACAACAACGUGUACAUGUACCCUGACUGGGGCUACGGGAUCGGCUGGAUGAUGGCCUUGUCCUCCAUGGUCUGCAUCCCACUGGGAAUCAUCGUACAGCUCUGGAAAACACCCGGAACCUUCUCACAGAGGAUGAAAUUCCUGACCACUCCGAGCCCGGACCUGGUAAUGCGGGGUAAGCUGGCUGGGAUGAGCCCAUUUGCCAUCAGACCCAAGCCUGACAAAGCAUCAAAAAAAGCUUCAAAGAUCUCCACCAUCACAGAGAAGGAGACCCACUUCUGAGGCUGCCCUGGUCCGACUGCUGAUCACACCUGAGUCGAUACAGAACCACGACGAAAACAAAAACAACCCGAACCAAGUGAAGGACUUUUUGUAAAAAAAAAAAGAAAAAAAAGAAAAGAGAAGUCAUCAUGUUAUUAUUAGUUUGGCUUCUAUUUUUCCAGAAAUGUUAUUAACACAUUUGUGUUUUCACAUUAGAACCAUGACUAAAGACACUCUUUUAACAAUUCAAAUUGAGUUAAUUGAUUGAGAUGUCAUGAUAUCGUGCUGGUAUUCAUGACAAUAUACGUUUUUCAUGUACUUUUAGGAUGCUGUCAUUGUGCUGUACAACGAAGUGCUGUAUAUGCUUCCUUCCUGAUUUCCUUCCUGAUUGCCUCUUGAUUUACCCACCUGAUUCCACUCUGAGUCCAUCCUGAUCGUCCACUGAUUCCCUCCUGAUUGUCUCAUGAUUCUGCUCUGAUUCCAUUAUGAUUUCCUCCUGAUUUCCUUCCGAUUCCAUUAUGAUUUCCUCCUGAUUUCCUUCUG